UUUAUCAAAUUUCUGUUUGGUCACCUGGAAAAUUAGGGGCAAAAGAGUGUCCUGAUAGUGAAUGCUUUCAUCUGAAAUCAACACUAAUCUUAUUUUUCCCAUACAUUUACUUCGUAUUUCAAAUGGGAAUUUUUACAUUUUUCUUUUUUGGAUUGGGGGGUGUAGGGGCCAUUUGUCUAUCCUUUUAAUUGCGAAAGCUCGGCAUUUGAAGUAGUAAAGCUUUAGUUAGCCAUUGUUUCAUAUUAAAGUCAAAAUUUUUGGUAAUUUUCCUAUCGGAAAUUGAAGAUUUUUUCUUUUCAGUUUCAUUUUUCUUGGCUUUUUUUCAUAUCUGUUGGAUAAAAAGGAAAUGCAGACGUGACUGAUUUUUGUUAGCUUUGCAGCAAGACCAAGACAGUUGACUACUGAAUCAUUAGUUUCUUUGAAAGUGGGAAGAAUGAGUUCUAAACGACCGCUUUCGAAUCCAUCAGCACACUCAUCCUCAAUCGUUGAGGAAAAGAAGAAUAAGAAACUGAAAGGGUUAGAGCUUGCAAUCCCCAAUUCUGAAGGUAUUGUUGUCAAGGAAAAUUAUCCUAAAAUUCAGUCAGUUGAAAUUCAAAGUAUCAAGGAUGAUCCUUCAAAAAUUGAGGCAAUGACAGUUCAAGAACUUAGAACAACAUUGAGGAAUGUUGGUAUCCCUGCCAAAGGUCGUAAAUCUGACCUUGUAGCUGCAUUAAAGCAUUUUGUGGUCAAGAACUUGGAUGGUCAAGGCUCUCAGCAAGCAGAAGAACAUAUAUCCUCUAUUUUUACAGAAAAUAUUUCACUGCAAAAUAAAGCUGGUAAUGUACCGGAUGAAACCAUCAAUACUGUUUCAGAGGUUUCAAGUUUUAAACAGAUAAAGAGAAGGGUUAAACAAUUCCCUGCCAAGGAUGAAACAGUCAAAGUUGAUGCUGAAAUUAUCACAACAAAAGAGAAACUCUCAACUAAAACGGCUGAAGUCUCAGUUACCAUACCUCAAGCUGAACCCUGGACAAUUCUUGCUCACAAGAAGCCUCAGAAAUGUUGGAUUCCAUAUAAUCCCAGAACCAUGAGGCCUCCGCCUCUUGCUGAGGAUGCAAAGUUUGUGAAGCUAAUGUCUUGGAAUGUCAAUGGGUUAAAAGCAUUGUUAAAGUCAGAGGGAUUCUCUGCUGUUGAACUUGCCCAAAGAGAAAAUUUUGAUGUGUUGUGCUUCCAAGAGACCAAACUACAGGAGAAGGAUGUGGAGUCUAUCAAACAGUGUCUGAUAGAUGGGUACGAGAAUAGCUUCUGGACAUGUAGUCAUUCCAAACUUGGUUAUUCAGGCACUGCAAUUGUCUCUCGGAUAAAGCCACUUUCCGUGAGCUAUGGUCUAGGCAUACCAGAUCAUGAUAGCGAGGGAAGACUUGUUACAGCAGAAUUUGAUUCAUUCUAUUUAAUUAAUGCCUAUGUUCCCAACUCUGGAGAUGGCUUGAAAAGACUGUCAUACAGGGUUACACAAUGGGAUUCUUCUCUUAGCAACUACAUGAAAGAGCUGGAAAAGUCAAAGCCUGUUAUUUUGACUGGUGAUCUCAAUUGUGCUCAUCAAGAGAUAGACAUUUACAACCCUGCUGGAAAUAGAAGAAGUGCUGGUUUUACAGAUGAAGAAAGGCAAUCAUUUGGGACAAACCUUUUGUCAAGGGGUUUUGUGGAUACUUUCAGAAAACAACAUCCCAAUGUUGUUGGCUAUACUUAUUGGGGUUAUCGGCAUGGCGCGCGGAAAACUAACAAAGGUUGGCGGCUAGACUACUUCCUGGUCUCAGAAUCCAUAGCUGACAAGGUUCAUGACUCAUACAUUGUUCCUGAUGUUGCUGGAAGUGAUCAUUGUCCUAUUGGCCUAAUACUUAAGGUCUAGUUUUUUGCUGCUAUUAGAAGCGUAGUAAUAGAUAGGGGCACAAGGAUCAGUUCGGCAGGUUAUCAAACCUAACAUCAGAAUGCAAUUUCAUGGUGAGAGGUAAAAUGGAAUCUCACUUGGCUAGUUUCUUGAUCUCUUAGCAGUAUCAUAAUCUAUGUUUUUGGCAUCCUUUUGUAUAUAUGCCAAAAAUGAACUUUUAAUGAGAUGCCAGAAGUUUUGUAUUGGAAAAAAAUUCGUAAAAUUUGAAGCAAGUGGAAACUGAAAAGCCUUGUGCAGUUUUGCUAUUAUAUUGGGAGUUGGUUUGGAUUUUCAUGAGGGUGCUUGAGUAAUUGCAUUAUGUUAUUCAUAUUUUUCUGUAAAUAUUUGUAUGACAGACCAUACUAUGUUGACUUCAUGGUUUGCUGCAAAUUAUAGUGUUGACAUGUUAACCAGCCACUGCAAAUGGUGAAAUAUUUAGUGAAGAGAUGUUUUUAAACAAAACAGCUCUUCUGUUUACAGCU